AUGCGAUUCGAAGUGCAGCUGGUGACCUUUGAUUUUUUCCUGAAACAAGGACACACCCCCAAGCUGGGCUCCAAGGCCGGAACCCCCGCCAAAGACCGCAAAGCCUCCGGCUCCAGCACAGCCAGCAAGCCCAGCACUGUCACCGGAAGCCCCAAGGUCACAAAAAAGACCGCCACACCCCGCAAGCUCUCCCAGAAAGCCCCCGAGCCACUCGAAGACGACGUCGACGAGCAAUCCAUCCCAGAGACACCCUCCCCUAAGUCAAAGAGACGCACCGAGCAGCGCCGCCCCGUCUCCCCACCCGACGACGCCGCAUCCCAGGCGCCUUCUGUCUCCGGCUCCGCAGCCCCACUCAGCGGCGGCGGCUCCAGCUUGGCCGGUAAGACUAAGGAUGUCGCCAACAAGACGAAGGAGACAGCCAAGAAGAGUACUGAAAGUGUCACAAAUGGGGCCAAAGAUGCCACCAAGACUGCUACCGAUAACCUACCCGUGCCGUUUGACCUGUCUGCCUUGAAGGGUCUUGAUGUCGCCGAGGACGGCAAUAUCCUCGGACAGGAUGGGAACCCCAUUGGCAAGGUUGUCGAGGGGGAUCCAGAGGAUCUCGUCGGACAGACUGUUGGCGAUGACGGCGAGAUUGUUGACGAGGAAGGUGAUUUGAUUGGUCGCGUCGAUAUCCUGCACGAGGUCGCGGACGAAGCUAAGCAAACCGCCGAUGACGCUCAGGAGAACGUCGGAGAGGUUGAUCUCGAGAAUGUUGUUACGGAUAUCGCUCAGCUUGAAGGCCUUCCUGUUUCUGAUGGCGGUGUUAUCAAGAACGCUGCCGGUCAGAUUGUCGGCCGCAUUGUGGAGGGUGACCCUGAAGAUCUUAUCGGGUAUACCCUCAAUGACGACGGUGAGAUUGUCGAUGAAGAUGGCGAUGCCAUUGGCCGUGUUGAUUUGAUUCCUGUUGAGGAUCAGAAGAAGGCCAUCGAAGAGGCCACUGGUGAUGCCACUGGUGAUGCCACUGACAAGGUCCAUGGUGCGAAGGAAGAUGUUGAGGAUCAGUACGAGGAUGCUCAGAAUGAUCUUUCCGAUGCCGAAGGGAAUGUCGACAAGGCUAAGUCUACUGCCGAAGAUGCCGCCCCCGACGCAGAAAAUGCUACGGACACCGCCGAAGAUGGGAAGAUUAACCUCGAGGACAAUGUCGACGACGCCAAAGAUACCGCCGAAGAUAAGGUUGAAGGUGCCGAAGAUACCGCCGAAGACGCCAAAGAUGCUGCCGAAGGUGCCACCGAUGCCCUCGACGACAAGGUCGAAGGCGCCGAAGAUACCGCUGAAGAGACCGCCGAAGACGCCAAGGACACUGCCGAAGAGACCGCCGAAGAUGCCACCGAUGCCCUCGACGACAAGGUCGAAGGCGCCGAAGAUACCGCUGAAGAGACCGCCGAAGACGCCAAGGACACUGCCGAAGAGACCGCCGAAGGUGCCACCGAUGCCCUCGACGACAAGGUCGAAGGAGCCGAAGAGACCGCCGAAGAUGCCCAGGACACCGCCGAGGAUGCUGCCGAGGACGCCGAGGAAAUUAUCCCCGGACUGGAGACCCUCGAAGGCAAGGUCUGCAACAAGCUCGGCUACAUCAUUGACCAAGAAACCGGCAAGCCCGUUGGCCAAGUGACCGAAGGCGACCCCAAGAAACUGGCCAAGCUCGGCUCAACACUCGACGACAAGGGCCAGUUCUGGGACAACCGCGGCAAUGUGAUCGGCAAAGCCAAGGCACUCCCGAUCGAGGAACACGAUGGCGACGAAGGCCCCUUCUCCGGUCUAGAGGGCCUCGUUGUCGGUGAAGACGGCUUUGUGGUCGACGAGAACUCGACCCGCGUCGGCCGUCUGAUCGAAGGCGAUGCGAAGAAACUGAGCGGGCGUGGCGUUGACGAGGAUGGCGAGAUUCUCGACCGCAAGGGCAACGUCAUUGGACGGGCUGAGCGCCUUGAACCUGAGGAAGAGCCCGAGGAGGAGGAAGAGGCUGGUCCUGACUUCUCUGCUGUCAAUGGCCUUACCUGCAAUAAGGCUGGCUAUGUCAUCGGACCCGACGGUUAUCCGAUUGCCCGUGUUGUCGAGGGUAACCCCAAGGAGCUUGCUGGUAAGAAGAUUGACGAGGGUGAGAUUUACGACGGAAAGAAGGUCAUUGGCCGUGUGGAGCUCAUCCCCGAGGAUGAGAUCGAGAGCAAGCCCGAGGGUAUCUUCGCUGGCAUGGAAAACCUCUUUGUGACCAAGGAUGGAUUCGUCGAGGAUGAUGAGGGAUCCAUUGUUGGUAAGCUUGUCGAAGGCGAGGCUAAGAAGCUUCGUGGUCGUGCUGUCGACGAGGAUGGAGAGAUCACCGAUAAGUACGGUAAUGUCAAGGGCCGUGCUGAGCCCUACGAGCCCCCUGAGGAGGAGCCCGCUCCUGAAGAAGACCUGUCUAUUCUCGAUGGCAAGGUCGUUAAUAAGUCUGGUAACGUUGUUGACCCCGCCACUGGUGCUGUCGUUGGACGUAUCCUCGAAGGUGAUAAGCGCCUCGCUGGAUGCAAGGUCGAUGGCAAGGGCCAGAUCUGGGGUGACAAUGGUAAGGUUGUUGGGCGCGCCGGGCUUAUCCCUGGCGCUGAGCAAGAUAAGGCUGAAGGUCCAUUCUUUGGAUUCGAUAACGCUAUUGUCGGUAAGGAUGGAGUUGUACAAGACGGUGACAAGAUCAUCGGACGUCUAAUCGAAGGCGACGCCAAGCGUCUCCUUGGCCGCAAGGUUGACGAGGAGGGUGAUGUCCUUGAUAAGAACGGCAACUCUAUCGGUAAGGCCGAGCGCUGGGAGCCUGAGGAGAAGAAGCGAGAUGUCAACCCUAUGUCUGGUCGCAAGGUUAAUAAGGAGGGCGAAGUCCGCGAUAAGGACGGCAACCUUAUUGGCAAGCUGACUGCGGGUAACCUUGCCACGCUGAUCGGCAAGAGUAUCGAUGAUAACGGCUAUGUUAUUGAUAACGAUGGCAAUAAGAUCGGCGAAUGUACCUUGCUUGAGAACAUCCCCGAGCCCGAGGAGGAGGGGCCCACGGCCGAAGAACAGGAGGCUGCGGCGAAGGCCGAGUCCGACCGACAGCUCGCCGAGAAGAUGAUCUCUAUCCUUAGCCAGACUCUUGACCGAGUCAAGCCUGUGUGCAAGCAGAUCACUGAGGCCUGCGAUAAAGCCGACCACACCAAGAAGGAGGACCUUGACGAGGAGAAGCUUGUUCAAACCGUCAAGCCGCUCCUCGAAGAAGGCGGCCGCAUUCUGCAAGAGUGCAACGGAGCCAUCCGCGCACUUGACCCCGAUGGACGCAUCGCCGCGACCGCUAAGGCGCGCGCUGCUUCUCGCGAUGCCACUCCUGAGGAGUACCAGCUUGCCGACCUGAUCAAGGAGCUCACUGAGACGGUUGUCAAGACCAUUGACAACGGCAAGAAACGCAUUGCUGAUAUGCCUCACGCCAAGAAAGCGCUGAACCCCCUCUGGGGUCUGCUCUCUGAGCCAUUGUUCCAGAUCAUCGCUGCCGUUGGCUUGUUGCUUACUGGUGUGCUUGGCUUGGUUGGUCGUCUGCUUGAUGGUCUUGGUCUCGGUGGAUUGUUGAAUGGACUGCUUGGCAGUCUUGGAUUGGAUAAAAUAAUCAAUGGACUUGGUCUGGGAGGUCUGACUGACGCUCUUGGACUUGGAGGAAACAAAUGA